AUUUAUAUAAAUUAUAAUAAUAUUUAAUCAAACAAUUAUAUAAUUGUAAAUAAAAUAAAGGAAAAAAAAAAAAUGAUCCCAAAAACGCUUUCUAAAUACUUCUUUUCAAACAAACCAUAUGUAUGGAUAAACAAGCACACUAAAGUAAUAUGUUAAGGAAUAACUGGAAACUAAGGUACAUUACAUACUGAAUAAGCUUUAGCUUAUGGAACAAAAAUGGUUGGAGGAGUAAAUCCUAAAAAAGCUGGAUAGACCCAUUUAGGAUUACCAGUAUUUAAGAACUGUGAAGAAGCCAAAAAACAUACUUAAUGUGAUGCUUCAGUAAUUUAUGUGCCUCCAGCUUUUGCCGCUGCUUCUAUAAUGGAAGCUAUUUAAGCUUAAAUUGAAUUAGUAGUUGUUAUUACAGAUGGUAUUCCAUAACAUGAUAUGAUUAGAGUAAAACAUGCUUUAAGAGCAUAAAAUGUAACUAGAGUUAUAGGACCUAAUUGUCCUGGUAUUAUUAAACCUAAUGAAUGUAAAAUUGGUAUUAUGCCAGGUUAUAUACAUAAGUAAGGAAAAAUAGGUAUUGUUUCUAGAUCUGGUACUUUAACUUACGAAGCUGUAGAUUAGACUACUAAAGCAGGACUUGGAUAAUCUACUGUUGUUGGUAUUGGUGGAGAUCCUUUCAAUGGAACAAAUUUCAUUGAUGUUUUGGAAAGAUUCGUACAUGAUCCUGAAACUAAAGGAAUUAUGAUGAUUGGAGAAAUAGGAGGUGAAGCAGAAGAAUAAGCUGCUUAUUGGUUAAAAGAGCAUAAUACAUAAAAUAAACCCGUUGUAUCUUUCAUUGCUGGAGUUACUGCACCUCCUGAGAGAAGAAUGGGACAUGCAGGAGCUAUUGUAUCAGGUGGAAAAGGAUCUGCACCGGAAAAAAUAAAAACUUUAGAAAGCGUUGGCAUUAAAGUUUCGAGAUCACCUGCUACUUUGGGUGAAGAAAUGCUUAAAGCUAUGAAAGCAGCUGGUUUAGCAUGAAUGAGGCUUUUUUUUAUAUUUAUUUUUUUUU